AUGGCUGAAAUCGGAUCAGCUUUUGCCUUGCUGCUGGUGACCGGGUGCAAGACCGAAAGGGAGAUGGACGGCAUCACGUCGUCGGGUGUCGAUUGGGAAGCGUCAUUGGUUGGAGAUCUGGACGCCAGCAUCAAGUCCGGGGCCAAGCUUUUCAAGGAAGUCAUGAAGCAUGCGGGCAAAAAGACCGGCGAGUGGGCCGUUCAGGAAUCCGGCAAGCGAUUGGCUCAAUACAUUACAAACGAUCUUGGUGUCGUUAAAUCCGGACCGCAAUUCAAUCUGCUCCCCACCCCUCUUUCCGUUUCCGCCGGCGCCGGUAUCUUUUAUGAAUGGCAGAAGCUGCAUCUGCUCGAUAACGAAAUCGGCUGGAAUUACAUUUCUCCUAAGUAUUCGGUCGAGAACAAGGGCGGUGCGGUCUACAUGCAAAUGAAGGACAUUCCGGUCAAGGACGGAACAACCAUUCACCUCGGUUUCGGCGUGUCGGAGUGGCUUUCCAUCGAUCCGGACAUCAGAUGGGCGCCGACGCGAGGUGGUCCAAGUAUCGGCCGCAGCAAGCUGCAUAUUGAUUGUGUGGUAUACGGCGGUGUUUUGUAUCAGUCCCGCAACAAAGGCAGCCAUCCCGGCAUCAACUUGAGCCAGCUCCAGCCUGCGGGGCGCAGCGAAACCGGAAUGUUGUCGGUUACGCAGACGAAAGAAGUCGCCAAAAGCGGCAAGCUGACUAUUUAUCCGAAAAUCUUCAAGUUCACCAACUACGCCUAUUGGAGUGCCGACGACACGAUGAAGGUCCAUGUGGACAGCAAGGGACAAUUCACAAAGGUCGAAGGCACAGCCAGUUACAGAGACUAG